AUGGACCCUCAGGGAGACCAGUUACUGACCGAAAAUAAUAUAGAAGAUGAGAAAGAAGUAAAAGAGGUUCCGUUGGUAAAAUGGAAAAAGAUAACUUCCUCUAAUGGUCCUAUACCAAGGCCUCGUCAUGGACACCGCGCUGUUGCCGUUAAAGAUUUGAUGCUAGUUUUUGGAGGAGGAAAUGAAGGAAUAGUAGAUGAAUUACAUAUUUACAAUACUGUUUCCAAUCAAUGGGUGGUUCCAACUAUUCGUGGUGACCAUCCGCCAUCUUGCGCAGCAUUUGGCCUUACAGCUAUUGGAACACGAAUUUUAGUUUUUGGCGGAAUGGUAGAAUAUGGAAAAUACUGCAAUGAUUUAUACGAUCUCCAAGCAACACGCUGGGAGUGGAGAAAACUUCGUCCACGUGGAUAUAACGGAAAUCAGUUUCCAUGUCCACGACUUGGUCAUACGUUCACUGCAUGUCCUUCCACCCAAAAAGUUUACUUAUUCGGAGGUCUGGCGAAUGCUUCGGAGGAUCCGAAAAGAAACGUGCCUAUAUAUUUGAACGAUUUGUUUGUUCUUGAUGUCUCGGUUGCCCCAAAUAGUUUGCAAUGGGAUAAACCACUGACUCACGGUCCUGGUCCUUCUCCUAGAGAGUCUCAUACCGCUAUUGUACAUGAAACUGACUCGAAAAGAAGAUUAGUAAUUUAUGGUGGUAUGAAUGGAGUUCGUCUUGGAGAUUUGUGGUUUCUUGAUUUGGAAUCAAUGACAUGGACCAAACUUGAAAACACUCAGGAGACAGGAAUACCACCAUCUCCUAGAUCUCUUCAUACAGCUGUAGCUAUCCGUGACAAAAUGUACAUUUUCGGAGGAUGGGAACCAUUUGCUAACAAAACCUCAGAAGAGGAACAAAAGGCUGACAAGGAAUGGAAAUGUUCGAACACAUUGGGAUGUUUUGAUUUAAUUGCAAAUCGGUGGCAACAACUACAUUUAACUUCUUAUGACGAAGAGCAAAUUGCACGGCCACGCGCCGGUCAUUGUGCGGCGGUUAUUGGAAGUCGAAUGUUCGUUUGGUCAGGAAGAGAUGGAUACCGUAAAGCUUGGAGCAGCCAGGUGUGCUGUCGGGAUAUGUGGGUUUUGGAGACAAUGAAACCAGAGCAGCCGGGUCGAGUUCAAUUAAUUCGCGCCAGCUUCAAUUCUCUCGAUAUUUCCUGGUCCGUUGUUCCUACUGCAGAUGCGUAUUUCGUUCAAAUUGCGCCAUACGACACGAAAAAUGAGCAAUCGGAUAAGCAAACGGGAAAGAUAAUACGUGGGCAGUCUGUUCUGCGCGUUGUUAAGCAGAAUCCACCUGGAAAUUCGCAAACUAAACAGCCUGCCAAAGCAAUAAUAAUAUCGAAGGAAGACGGUGUUCCACAAAAGGUCCUCUAUUUGUCCAACGACUCUGUAGACGGUAUGGGUGAUUCCACAAAACCCUCUCACCAAAGUGGUUCAUUAAUUUCCACGCAAGGAACUACGUACACUGCCCCAAAUACCAAUCAGCAACACGCAAUGGAUGAGGGUGGGCUUCCGCAAAACUUAUUUGAUGAGGCUGGAGCUGAUGAAAGUGCUUCACCUCCAAAGUCAGAAACAAAUGAACAAACUGAUGCUCCGACACCGUCUUGUUCUGGAGAACAAGAAGGCCAACAUGGAGAAAAUGUUUCGAGCGCGAAUGAGCCAACUAAUGAGGAAGAUUCGAAGAAAAAUUUGCAAUGUGAACAUGAGGUGAAGAAAGAAGUUGAGGAGAUUGCAUCGGAAUCUGAAGCAAAAGAAGAAAAUUCCGAACAAUUAAAUAUUAAAAAAGAAGAGGAAGAACAAGAGCAAAUAGAAUUGGAUUGGCACGAUAUAGGAUUGCUUGAGAAGACAUCUUGUACUGCAUCUCAUUUCUUCUUACACAAUCGGGCCCCAAUCGAAGCGAACUUGCACGAAUACGUGGAGAAAUGUAAUUAUCCUUUCGCUUCGAUGGAGCUUUCGGAACAAAAUCGCGCGCCACUUCAGUCUGGAUCCACUUACCGAUUCCGAGUUGCCGCCGUUAAUGGUUUAGGUCGAGGAACAUGGAGCGAAGUUUCUACAUUUAAAACAUGCCUUCCUGGAUUCCCAAGCGCACCGUCGUCAAUCAAAAUUACCAAAAGUGUUGAUGGAGCUCAGCUCACAUGGGAACCGCCAAAUAAUGCUUCAGUUUCUGGACGUAUUUCAGAGUACAGCGUUUACCUAGCGGUGAAAAACUCGACUGGUGGACCAGAUAGCCAAUUGGCGUUUAUGAGAGUUUAUGUUGGAACAGAUGCGGAAUGCGUUGUCCCACAAAGCAGUCUUCAGACCGCAUAUGUCGACCAAUCAAGCAAACCCGCAAUUAUAUUCCGAAUUGCUGCCAAAAACGAAAAGGGAUAUGGGCCAGCGACACAAGUAAGAUGGCUCCAGGACCAGAAGCCAAUGAUUCCAGCGCCAUCUCGCUAUUCUCUGCCGGUGAGUGCUGCUCAGCCACAAUCCUAUCAGUAUCAAUAUCAGUCCACUCACGCUCAGCAUCAUCAGGCUCCUCAUCCAGUCCAUGUUUCUGCUGCCGGUCACCAACGUCCAUUUGCUGCCACUAUUUCUCAAUAUAAUCAGCAAGUUCCAUUGGUGAAAAGAGCACGGAUGGAAUAA